CCCGGUGGGCAAAACCAUUCACACAACGUUGGGGGCCGUGUUAGCGCCUGUGCCUCUUUAACGCUGCCUUCCGCGAGAGGGCUUCCGUCGCCCCUGCCAGUUCUUGACUCUGCGGCAGGAGGCUCAUUUACUGCCACUACGUUGGUUUGGAGUUGCCAAUCCGCCCCUGCCCCCCGCCAGUGGACCUGAGCUGGUUUAUCCCAAGAUGGCGGCGGUUCCUGAGCUGCCGUAAAGCACAGUUGCGAGCCGGGCUGACUCGCGUGGGAGUGAGCCAGACUCGGGGUCUCCCGUAGCGUGGCCCCCCCAGGACUGUGCCGAGCGCGAGCCGCUGCACCCGCUUCCGAGCCAUGCCUCACAGAAGGAAGAAACCCUUUAUAGAGAAAAAGAAAGCUGUAACAUUUCACCUGGUACACAGAAGUCAGAGGGACCCUUUGGCAGCUGAUGAGACUGCACCUCAGAGAGUUCUGUUGCCUUCACAGAAGGGAGAUGAGGAACAGAGGAGAGAAGAGCAGAGGAAAUAUGGAGUGUUCUUUGAUGAUGACUACGACUACUUGCAGCAUCUAAAAGAAACCUCUGGUCCCUCAGAGCUAGUCCCAUCUGAUGUGUCUGGUCAACCGAGCAGGAGUAUAGUGAGAGAGGAAGAAAGUCAACAGAUUCCAGCUCCUGCUAUUAACUUGCCUUCCUCAGUGUUUGCCUCAGAGUUUGAAGAGGAUGUGGGACUCUUAAAUAAAGCUGCUCCUGUUUCAGGACCCCGUUUGGAUUUUGACCCUGAUAUUGUCGCAGCUCUUGAUGAUGACUUUGACUUCAAUAAUCCAGAUAAUCUUCUCGAAGAUGACUUUGUCUUAAAGGCCAAUGAGCCAUGGAAAGGGGACUGGAAAAGAGAGGAUUGUCGGGGCUCUGAUACUGAGGAUGAAGAUGAGUGGGAGGAUAUGGAUGAUGAUGGUGGAAAGGACAACGGUAGUAAUGAAGAUUAUGAUUCAGAGGGUCCUUUAUCAGAUGAUGAGGGAGUUAGUGAAGAGAUGAAAGAGUUUCUUUUCAUGCAAGAGGAGACCAAGAGCCGUUUCACAGCAUACUCCAUGACUUCGUCCGUAAUGAGAAGGAAUGAACAGUUGACCCUGCUAGAUGAGAGAUUUGAGAAGUUCUUUGAACAGUUUGAUGACGAUGAGAUUGGAGCAUUGGAUAAUGUGGAAUUAGAAGGCUUUAUUCACACCAACAGCUCUCGGUUGCAAGAAGUCCUGAAUGACUACUACAAGGAGAAAGCUAAGGACUCUGUGAAACCCGAUGCUCUUGAACCAAGAAAGGAUUUAGAUUCUCCCCUUAAUGAGAAGGGUGAGGAAGAAGAAGAAGAAGAAAUCAUAACUUUAGUUAUUGAGGAACCCAAAGAGAAAUGGGAUUGUGAAUCCAUUUUGAGUACGUACUCAAACUUAUAUAAUCAUCCAAAACUUAUUGAGGAGCCAGCAAAGUCCAAACCAAUCAAAAUUUCUCACAAGAGUGGAAUCCCACUGGAUAUCUUGCCUCAGAGAGGUCUUACGGCUAAGCAGAUCGAACGCAUGCAGAUGAUUGAUCAAAGUGAUCUGCCAAGAGUAUCCACACAGCCACGUUUAAAAAAUGAGAGCAGAGAGGAUCGAAAAGCUAGAAAACAAGCUAUAAAGGAAGAACGAAAGGAACGGAGAAUGGAGAAGAAAGCCAACAAAUUAGCCUUCAAGUUGGAAAAAACAAGGCAAGAAAAAGAACUGCUGAAUCUGAGACAGAACGUUCAAGGGCUCCAGCUGUCAUAGUGGAACAGAUGACUUUUUUUCAUAUUGUGGAAAGUUCUUUGCAUUGUUCUUUGUGCUAGGAUCUUGGGAAGACACUGACUCUUUUUUAACCUUGUCCCAUCAUGGACAGAAGUUCAUAACAUGGUAUUUGAAUUUUUCUAUAACCAGGUCCAGUAAUUUUGCCAUCUUUUUUUAAAUGUAAACAGCUGAAACAAUUUUUGGUUACAAAUUAAAAUUUACUGUAGUAUUACUGUAUUUUUGUGUCAUGAACAUGGCAGCUAUUUAUAAACUGAGUUGCACUGGGAGCGUGUUAUACUUAAAUUACAGAAAAAUUACAUUUUCUCUGCAACAGGUUUUGUACAUACUGAGAAAUUUUAGCUAUUGUGAUUCAAGAGAUCUCAGUGCUGUUUCUUGAUUAGGUUUACCUAUCUGUGCAUAAAAUAAUUUUCCCUCCCUUUUAUAAUGGUAUCUAAAUGCAGGUUCAGUUGGAAACCACUCUUUGACCUUAGCGCAGUUCAGUAUAUCAAGAAUAUGCAGUAUUUCCCCCCAAGCCCUGUCCAACUGUCUGAGGUAUCUAUUGCUGUUUGAAUACUACUGUGAAGAGUAAUGGAAAAUCGUAUUUUAAGAGAGAGGUUUAGAAAACUGUUUUUAAAUUUAAGGGUUGUCUAAAUUCACAUGGUUGUGCUUUCCAUUUCAGUUGGCGGGUGAAAUAAUUAAAGAUAUUUAAUGCAAGAUUUAGGUUGUGCAUUUAAAAUCAAAGUUAGCAACAUUAACAUCAUUUCCUUGUGAAAUUAACUUGGCUAUAUUGAACAGGUUUGCAUACAGUGUUUGCUAUAAAAUAUUCAAACAGUAAUAAGUCAGAACUGUACACACGCAGGAAGAAAAAGAGUAGAGUAUGCUACAUACGUGUGACACAACAAAAAUGCUGUUGCACUUCCUGACUUUCUGGGACCUUAACUCUGCAGCCUUAGCAUUGCACUGAGGGAGCUAAACUGUAUAAAUGCAAACAUUGGUGCUGUGUGAGGUCUAAAUCAUCCAUGACCUAGGCAGGAACCUCUUGGAGGGCAGUGGUUCAUCAUAAUCAGACACCGUAAACACCUUAGUUCUGACUCUAGCAUUGAAUCUGCAUCGGCUUUGAUACUCGUCAUUCUCUUGGUGGCAGUGGACCUAUACACCUCAGAAAGGUGAGCAAGAGUUGCCCCUUUAUGAGCAGAAAAGGGAAGUACCUCAUCUUUGUAGUUUCACAGGACCACAACAUGAACAUCCUUUCAUGCCGUCUUGCCAUGGCCAGCUCAAUGUAGAAGUCUCUGUGUAUGCUGCUUAUGGGUGGGAGAUUCUGGUAGAAUCAUAACUUAUUUCUAGGAUAUCAGGUACUAUUUUUGGAAGAGUUCAGGAAUGGUGCCCAGGAUAUAAGGGGAGAGAAUUUAAACUACUGUUAAUUUAAUCUCAUCCCAGUUGGCUAAAUCCUGAGCACUUUAAGACUGGUGCCUGUGAAGCUUAAAUGAAAUUUUUUUUUCCAGUUUUUCUUAAGGUUUUGUCAUGUUGUUUUAUUGCUUUUGGAAGUUUCUUUAAGUUCUUCAACACAAACUUUCUCUCCUUGAUGGGUCUGAUGCAAUUGUUCAAAUUCCUAUUGAUCCCUAGUCAGGAGCGGCGCCAGGGUUUUUGGCGCCCUAGGCAGGAGUCCUUCCGCGCUCCCGGUUGGCGGCAAUUCGGCGGCAG